AUGAUCAACAUUUCGCUCAGUCGCCGCGACGCGAAUGUCCUUGAGAAAAUCAAAGAUCCGGAGUCGGAUCCAUCAAGGGCGGUCAUUGUCGAACCAUCUUUGCCCAAGGAUCCCAAUAUUACAGAUCUGAGCAUCUACGAGCGCGUCUCCAAGCAGGAAAAGGAGAUUGUCCUUUCCAUGCAGCAGCUUGAGAUGCAGCUAGCCGGUCUUAAAGCCGUUGCGACGACCACCGAUCCAAUCCAAGAAUAUCAAACAUGCGUUUCCCGUCUUGGAAUGCUUAUCACAGAGCACCCCAGAUAUGCCAGUGCUCGUAACAACAGGGCUCAGGCGCUCAGAAGGCUUUAUGGAGACACUAUCCUGCUGAAGGCAUCGAGCCUACAAGCCUUGAAUCAGGAUGCUACCGAGGAGGAAAGAGCGAAUGCCGCCGUGGCUAUAUUGACAGAUCUCGACGAGGCAGUCUCUCUGUUGACACCAAAGACCAUGUUUGGAGGUAUGUCACCGGUGGCUGGAAGGACACUGUCGUUGGCCCACACCCAAAGAGCAGCAAUAUAUCACACAACUGCAAAGUCGUUCUCGGCAGGCCUGCAGGACCUUGGGGAAAGAAAGGAGACGGACUGGAGCAAAGUUGACUUUGAGACAGCCGCAUCCAGAGAUUUUGCCUUUGGCGGGCGAUACGGUAAUGAAGUCGCAAAAGGACUUGCUGUCGCUACCAAUCCAACCGCAAAGUUAUGUGGUCAAAUGGUCCGUGAGGCUAUGAAGAAAGAAUAUGGUCAAGCUUUUGAGGGCCUGUAG